CACUCACACUUUUAUUUACAUUUGUAUGUCACACACAGGUGUUUCUGUUCAGAUGAAAAUGGAAGGAGAAUAUUUGGACAAAUGUGGAGGAACGAUGCAAGUGAAAUGACUUGUGCUUGUAGCAGAAAAAGAGCUGAGCUGGAAAAGUCUGGCAGGAUGACAGUUUCUCUACAUUGUACUGCAAAUGGAGACUACGAACGCCUUCAAUGUGAUGAUGGCAUCUGCUGGUGUGCUGAUCCCAAGACCGGCCAACCUACCGUCACACCAGUGAUGGAGGAAGACAUGAAACAUUUACCGUGUUACAGUCCGUUAGUCACUGGUGAGCAAUACUUAAGAAGAUGCGAAAGUUUGGUUCAUUCGUUGGCCCUGAUACAAGAGCAAUCAGAACACGGCACCAAUUUCCUCGGUCACCCUACAGCUUUCUGUGACUACGACGGCAGCUAUGGACCAUAUCAAAUCCAAAAUGGCAUUGCAUAUUGUACCGGCCGAGACGGUAAGAUCCUGGGUUCGUGGCAAGUUAUGGCAAGUGAAAUGAGCGGCAUGAAUUGCAACUGCGCUCGUGACACUGCAAUACACUUCCCUGAGCGUGGCAUGAUGGUCACCGAGAUCUGUUUGGCGAACGGAAACUAUCGACCCAAUCAGAACGUUGGCGACGUCUUCUACUGCGUGGACAGCGAUGGCUACCCUGUCGGCGAGAUGAUGGACGCGUGGCCUAGCGAUAAUUGCGUCGCUCCUGUUCCCACAUAAAACUAUUUCUUUGAAAACUAAAUAAUUU